AUGGAAGAUACUGGGGAAGACUUCGACAACUUGAUCUGGGACCAAAAUGACGAGGAAUGGGAAAGGGUUCAACCAGAAUUGCGCCAGAGAUCCACCAUCCACCUUGUUGAGGCAUUGGCAUCAGAAAAGUUUGGUUGUCCUUCGACCUGGGUCUCGCCAAUGAAUAUUGGCGGCUUCAAUAUAGUUUACAGACUGCAGGUUGAAUCCUACGCCUCCGAUGUCAUCGUACGGAGGCCCAUUCCCUGCUAUGCUCAGUUCCCAGAAGAAAAGACCUUGAUUGAGGCUGCGACUGCCAGCUAUAUCGAAAAGCAUACUCAAAUACCAGUAGCCUCAGUACUCUUUCACGGCAAAAGCUCAGGACUAGGUCAAUAUAUGAUCAUCAAGCAUGUUCAACACCAGCACUCCAUGUCCACUGCACUCAACGCCACCAACCACGACACCGACCAAACCUUUAUUCUGGACCCUAAUAUUUCGGAAGACUUUCUUGAGGACCUGUACAAAAAAGUCGCAAACUGUUUACUGGAGCUCUCUCAGCAUACCUUUUGUCGCGUAGGAUCUUUGGUCGAGACCAAGGCGGGUUCCUAUACUGUGGCUACUCGGCCAAUUACCCGUGACAUGAACGAUAUGCUUCAACUGGCUGGCAUCCCACCCUCGAUUCUACCGCCGAAGGAUAAGACGUUUGGUACUGCUGACGAAUAUUACACCGAGCUCGCCAAUUUGCAUCUGGCUCAGCUUGUCUUUCAACACAAUGACCUUGUCUCCUCAGAAAAUGACUGCAGAAACAAAUACGUUGCGCGCCAGAUCUUUCGUAAGCUUGCACGGGAGGGCAAACUCUCAAGUUUCGGUUUCAGAGAGGACCACUGGUCAGCACAGUCCAAGACCAACAGCUCGAUUGUGUCGCCCGAGCCUCCUAACACAGACUCUUUUCGACUCUAUUGCGAUGACCUACGAGCGGGUAACAUCCUUCUUGAUAAAAAUGAUAACAUCGCUGCUAUCAUUGACUGGGAGUUCACGUAUGCUGCGCCUAGUCAAUUCUCCCUUGACCCGCCGUGGUGGCUGGUCCUUGAUGCGCCUGAGAUGUGGGACAAAGGUAUCGACGACUGGGUCCAAUUCUACGAACCACGGAUGAGAAUUUGGCUAUCAGCUGUGCAGAGGGCCGAGGCUGAAGCUACUGUGGACUCAACUAAGAGAUCCUUGGAAGUCCCACUGUCGAAAUACAUGCGCGAGAGCUGGGAAACGGGUAGGUUCUGGCUCAGUUACGCGGCGAGAAAGAGUUGGGCUUUUGACGCUCUCUAUUGGAAGUUCUUGGAUGAGAAGUUCUUUGGAGUGAGACCGAGUGACAUCUCAAAGGAUGAGUUAUGGAAGACAAGGCUGUAUCUCCUGAGCGAUGUGGAGAAAGCUGCCAUGGACGUCUUCGUGGAUCGAAAAAUGGAGGAGACAAAAGACCGUAAGCUGGUUGAUUGGGAUCCAGAGGAAGCGAAGGGUCGCCUCGCUGAGGUUCUAUUUGAUUGA